AUGGUUGAUUUGAAAUCAAAACAAUCAAUAUUUUUAUCUUCAUUUCUUCAUGCAAAUAAUAUAAUAAAUAAACAUUCAGAACCUGUUUUUUUAAAUGUUUAUGAUUUGCUUUCUGAAUAUCGAACAAUUCAUUGUCUUUUCACUUAUUGUACUUGUUAUCGUCUUGGUAUUUAUCAUACAAGUAUACAAGUAUAUGAUACUGAAUAUUAUUAUGGUAAUGGCAUUUGUAAAUGUCGACCUCAUUCACAUGUUGGUCGAUUAAUUCUAUCGAAACAAGUUGGUACGACUGAUAUAAGAAAGGAUGAAAUUGAAACAAAGAUUUUAUUUGAUAUGUAUGAUGAAUUUAGUCGAAAAAAUUAUGAUUUACUUCAACAUAAUUGUAAUCAUUUCACUAAUAGUUUACUAAAUCGUCUUGUUGGUAUUGAUUUACCAAUGCAAUUCAAUCGAACAGAGAGAUGUAUUGUUGAUAGUUCAUGUUGUAGUCGAGCAUUGAAGUGUAUAUUUGGUAAUGAUUGGACUCGACCAACAAUUGAAGAACGAAAGAUAUGUUGCCAUCGAAAGUUAAAAGAAUGA